CCAGAUUUAGGGAUGGCUGCAAGAUCACAUAAUGAUAGUAUUCUACAUAACAUACCCAAAUACACUGUAGUAUUCAUAGUAUUCUACAUAACAUACACUGUAGUAAUAGCAUAGUAUAACAUUACUGGAAGACAAAAAACACCAAAUUUCUUAGGAGGUUUUAGGAUGAUUGUGCACAUGGUCACAUGCUUCUCUCAUGUGGCCAAAACUCAAUAGCAUCUCAAGAAGAGCUAAAUCAGGGAUGCCAACUUGGAUAGGGGUGGGGGCCACAAAAAAUCUGUAGUCUUCAUGAGGGCCCUCAGUGGCUUGCGGGUCUGAGUACCCACAUCCAUACCAGCACAUGCAGUCAAAGCCGCCCCUAGCCUUUUGAGGGCCCUAAGUGAAAACUUGAAGAAUUAUCAUUCACGGUGGACAGUGGGAAAUGUGAACGGACUCGAGGUUGGAUAACCACCAAAAUGUGCGUAAAGUAGUGGUAAAGAAUGUGAUUCGAAUCUUCAGCUCCAAUGUAUCAUUAACACAGCAACAGUCAUAGGCCAUGUUCGAGAGGCUCAAACCCGCAAUGCAUCAUGGGUAAAGUGUGACUGACCGAUGAAAGGUGCUUUGUAGAGCAGUCGCCUGCAGUCGCCAAUAUUAUCUAAACCCUGUCCAUUUCUAUAAUUUAUCUUCUUAAAAUUGUAUUUUAAACCUAAUCCUAACCACACUGCUAACCUUAUGUAUAACACACAUAUUUUAUACCUUUUUGUACCAAAUUUAGACUUUGUGGCUGUGGAAUUGGUCAGUGCCAUCCUGAAUUCUUGUGAAGUAGCUACACCAUUGAAGUUGACAUUUUAAAUGGUUAAAGUAAGAGUUAGGUAAGGGUUAUUGUUUAAGUCGGUUUUUAAGUCUCUGUAAUUUACUACUUAUAUUUUUGACAACUUUUACUUUUAUUCCACAACAUUCCUAAAGAAAAUAAUGUACUUUCUACUCCAUAAAUGUUCACUGACAUCCAAAAGUACUCGUUACAUUUCAUAUGCCUAGCAGGACAGGAAAAUGCUCAAAUUCCAGCACUUGUCAAGAGAACAUCCCUGGUCAUCCAUACUGCCUCUGAUCUGGCGGACUCACUAAACACAAGUGCUUCGUUUGUAAAUUAUGUCUGGGUGUUGGAGUGUGCCACUGGCUUGCCAUAAAUUUAAAUAACAAAUAAAUCGUGCCGUCUGGUUAGCCUAAUAUAAGAAAUGUUGGAUGAUUCAUACUUUUACUUUUGAUACUGAAGUAACGUUAUAUUUCAGCAAUGACAUUUAAAACCAAAUACUUUUGAACUUUUACUCAACUAGUAUUUUACUGUGUGACUUUCAUUUUUACGUGAUUCAUUUUCUAUUAAGGUACAGUAUCUUUACUUUUACUCGUAUGAAGAUUGGGUACUUUUUCCACCACUGUAUCUUGUGGAAACCGGGAGAAAGAGACCCAGGGCAUAAAUGAAUGGAACUCAUGUUAGAUGUACAACAUAGCCAACAGGGGGAGACAAAGUGCGAGUUUACAUGUAAACCUGAAUCCAUCCAUCCUUUAAUCAAAAAUAAUAAUCGGUGGCAUGUAGCUAGGUUUGACGCUUAAAUUUAGCUAGCUAUGUGGUCAUGGAUACGGUGCCCAUUUUAUGAGAAACAACAGUGAAGCACAGCAAACUAACGUUAGCUAGCCAUACUGCGAGUUCGUUUAAUUGUAUCUAUUGAGUGCUGUGAUGACCAGAACAAAGUGGACAGCAGAGCUGGACAAGUAUCCGGAUACAGCUGCUGCUGCUAAGCUCACAGAGAAGAGUGAGUUAGCUCCAGCCCUAACAUCAGCUACCCAUAUACCACAACCACGGUACCCAGCCUCCAUCUCUGACCAAACUCCCUUCCCUCCCGUAGGCCCCGCUGACAGCAGCAAGGGGGGCACAGGGAUCAUGUCCCCCAAAAGUCAAGGGAGGGCAGGCACAGCAUCCCCCUACAAUCUGGCUCCGGCUCCCUUCGGCCUCAACCAGAACCAUGUGGUGUGUCUGCCUCUGGUCUCUGAGCACUUGAAGCUCCUGUGGGCGUGCUCAGACCAGACCCAGGAACUGGACGGCGUGACUUAUCUCAUAGAGGCCUUCAACGUGUUCCCAUACCCGACCCUGGGGGAGACGGCAUCGCUCGCCCAGAGCUGCUCUCUGCAUCUGGACCAGGUCAGAGUGUGGUUCAUGGUCCAGCGGCUCCGCUAUGGGAUCAGCUGGGAUGCAGAAGAGAUCUGUAUGGCACGGUGCAAGAUGUGCGGACCAAACCAGGCGAAGGACAAAAAAGAGAAAGAGGAGAAGGUAUUGCCUCCCCUCAGUAAGGAGGAUGAUGGGAGAAACAGGAUCGAACAUUCACCUGUCUCUACCUCCAAUCAGCUUAGCAGCCUGUCCUUCGAGUCCUCCUCACCCAUUCCUCGAAAAAGCCGUAAACACCACCUUGUUGUUGCACCCGAUGACUCCAAUCUGCAACACCCUUCUCCUCCACUCCCUCUGUGCUUAGUGGCACCCCCCACAACCACAGGGCAAACCCUCGAAGCCCCCGACAAACCCCAGAGGCACUGUCAGGAUUUUCACUCAGAGCUGUGGCGGAGCUUCGGCCGUAACACAAAUCCUCCGAAGGAGGAGCUCCAGCGUCUGCAGGCCCUCACCAGGCUCCACAUGAGGUACAUCCGCAAGUGGUUCUGCAACCGGCGUUUCUUGCUCCACCACCGCGUCAAGGCCGACCCAGAUUCUGAAGAGAACGGCCAGUCACAGCCCAACGACCUCCUGUCGUCACAGACACAGCUUAUUCAGCGUCUGACACAACCACCACCGCCAACUGACAGCAGGGUCAGACCAUCACCGGCGAAGAAAAGGGUCUGUCAAGUAGAUGAUGUCGACUUCCUAAGCAGGAGCCGCAAUGGUAACUCUGUCCAUGGCAACCCCGCUAACACCACCCACCAGAUUAGGUCAAACUUGAAGGUGAAGGAAAAAGAGAAAGAACCAGCGGACGUACAGAAGAAGAAGACGGGAGCAGCAGACAAAGAGAAAACGGCCAGAGCUGGAGCUAAGAGAUGGACAAAGAACGUCAAGAAGGAACUGAAGGAGGAGCGGAAAGCGGUGGGGAUCACCAAAUUCAUCGAUGACGACGGAGAAGAACAAGUUCUCAAAAUGGGCCCGUGGCCGAAGAACAAGACAAUAGCCCAGCUGGAGCUCCUGAGACACUUCUUCCUCACCUGCCAGUGGCCCACCAAAGGGGACUACACGCAGCUGCAGCAGCAGACAGGCCUCUCGCGGAAGGCUCUCACCCAGUGGUUCGGAGACACCCGCUACUACGUCAAGAAGGGCAUGGAACGCUGGAUGAGUGGGGAAGAGCACCAGAAGGUCCUGGCGCAGAUUAGGGGGAAGCAGAGGCAACGGCAGAGGGACUGGUUGAUGACUGAGGAAACCGGUCCAUCAGGAUCCUCCUCCUAGCAGUCUUUUGAUUACCGUGACUCAUAGUGCUAAUGGGGGAGGCUGGCAGGGAGGAGGAUGGAGCUGGGACUUUGAGACCUAUGAAUGGCGUGAAGCUGGAGUGACCGCCGGGACAGACUUAAUAUAUGCCAUUUAUCAGACGCUUUUAUCCAAAGCGACUUACAGUCAUGUGUGCAUACAUUCUACGUAUGGGUGGUCCCGGGGAUCGAACCCACUACCCUGGCGUUACAAGCGCCAUGCUCUACCAACUGAGCUACAGGGACCACAGGGACUUGGGGUACUCAAUAGUAUAAGGGACUUGGGGUACUCAAUAGUAUAAAAAGGCUUCUUCUCCUUUGUGCUCUCUACUCUAGGAGCACUGAUCCAGCAUGGCCUAACAGGUGAAAUGUUAUUUGUUGAAACUUGAAAUCUGAAACUCACCUGUCUGCAGUGAUGGAAAAGGAAGCGGGGUAUUGAGUCACACCCCUGCUGUAAUGCUGGAGAGGCCUGGAGGUGCUGAAAAGGGCUACAUAUUAGGAAUGGUCACGAAUGAGGCAGCAUUCUGUUUUUAUGUUACAAGUUGUUGAUUAUGUUUAUGAUGUUCUAGUCUACUUUAGUUGAAGCACUAUUGAAACUGGCACUUCCUGUUCAGUUAUUCAUUCAAAUGGCAAUUCAUGUUUCAAGCUCCAUCACAAUUUUAUGCUGGGAAGUUUCUAUGACAUUGCAUUGAUGUUCCUUGUUUGAUAUGUUCAGAGUGUAAAGAAUUAGGGAAACUACCAGACCUGCGACAACCUAUGUCCUUGAGUGCGUCCCAAUAAUCUCUCCUUCCUCCUGAAGUGUGCACUUGCGCAUUCAUUUCUCCCCAUAAAGUUAAAAUCAUUGGAUUGAUGUAGACAUGGGCUAGGGGGGAGUCCAUUAAGGGAAUUGAACAAGUGCAAACUUUGGGAGAAGAGAGAUUAUUGGGACAUAGCAUAAGGUGUGGUCUUAUUGGUAGUAAGAAAGUAGAUCAUUUAUUUUGAUUUCAGAGCUAGUAUGUGGAGUCGUAUCUGGUUCUUUGUGUGGUGAACAGGUUUCUUCCCUUCUGUGAAUAAAAAUACCUUUUCUCCUU